AUGUCUUACUAGCAACAACGCAUUUAGAACAUUUAAGAAUAUAAGUACACCUCUGAAACUAAGACUGUGCGUUCUAACACUCCUUAAACACGUGAAACAAGAUAUCAAAUACAUGAAACUUCAAUUGAUAAUAUCAGAUCCACUCCUGAAAGUAGAUAGUAAAAAUCGAGUCCACAGAUAUGCCAAUUUUUGAUGGCUUGUGAAAUUGAGAGAUUGGGAUCAGAAAAUGAAAAGUUGCGUUUCAGAAUUAAAGAGAUGCAAGAUAAUACCUAAGAUAGACAUCAUUUGGAAUAAUAAAUAAUAGAUCUGACUAAUAAAUUGAAUGAAAUGAUCAACGUCGUGGAGACUCACAAAAUUGAGAAAUCUGAACUCAUCAUCCAAAUCACCACGUUAUAGGAGGAAAUUCAAGAGCAGAAGGAACUCUAGACCAAUUAUUACGAGAGUAGAGUUGUCAACCUCUCCAAUCAAAUUGAUAAUCUCACUCUACAAUUAAGAGAAUUUGAGACUAUCAAAUUGGAUGAAAUGCAAGUUCUGAGGAAUCAAUUGGAAUCUGAAAUGAAAACUGAAAUUGAAAAGGCACUUCAAACCUAAGAACUCAAUUCUUCAUAUUAGAGAGAAUUCCUAGAGGGCGAAUUGAAGAAGUGGAAGGAUUUAUGCAAUUAAAAAUAGAAGGAGAACGACGAUCUGAAGAAUGUUAUCCUCCAGAAAGAAAUAAAUAAGUAAAGGGAAUUGGAGAAUCAAUUGUUAUCCUACAAAAAUGAGACAGAAAGAGUGAACAAGUUGUUGGUUUCAAAGUCAGAAGAAACAGAGAGUUGGAAAUAAAAGUAUCUUAAAUUAUAGUUGAUAAAUGAUGAUUAUAAACGAAUCCAACAGGAGAAUCAGUAAUUGAAUGACACAAUACUUGCCUUGGAGGGUUAAUUGAAAUAAAGAUAGGAAUAAUUGAAUUAAGUGAAAUCCUAAGUGGAAAAUGCCAAUAAUUAGUUCCUUACUGAAAAGAGCAAAGUAAAUUAACUCUUAACUGAAUUGCAGGACGUUUAAAAGAAGAAAUCUGAAUUGGAAGGCAGAUAUCAGAAUCUCCUGCUUGAAGUGGACAAAUUGAAUCAGUUGAUCAAGUAGAAGGAGUAGAUUACUAUCACUUAAACUACCAAAAUUGAAGAAUUCCAAAGCACUGUUGUGUCAUACCGAAAUACAAUAGAAGACAAAUCAUAAGAAAUCGAAAAUCUUAGGAGAUUGCUCACUAAAUUGCAAUAACAAAUUCUCCAAUUGGAGGACCAAGUAGAAUAGUUAAAGAAAUUCUAAGAAAAUUGUCGAGUGCUUUCUGCUGAGAUCGAUCGACUGAAUGAUGAAAUUAAGGUGUAAGACGAUGAAUUGAGACAAUGGAGAAUGUAAUAUGCGGACGAGGGUUCUAUAAUAAAAAGGCUUUAAGAUCAAUUAUCGAUUAUUGUAGUGUUGGCUAGUGAAGUAGAGAGUCUGCGCAUGAGAUUGCAUGACAAGGAGUAGGAAGUGGAAGAGGUGAGAAGAUCAAGUUUGGCACCUUAUAAAAUUUGAAUUAGUUAUGAUUUAUUAAUUUGAGACACAUUUAUAUAUAUAAAGAGAUAGAUUUAGA